GACAGCCGCCGUCAGCCUUGAAACACGCAACGCUACCACCAAGGGGCUGCUACUUACUUCACAAAGUCCCUCAAGGGCUCCAGCAUGUUGGACCGCGCCGCGACCAAGGACAUUGUCGUGCUCUCGCCCCCCGGCAAGAUGAGGGCGUCACAUCUCUCCAACUCGGGCGGGGUCCGCACCUCGAUGAACUCCCAGUGAUCAUCAAACGACGGGUUUUCUUCCGCCAAGCGGGCUGCAGCCUUCUUGAGCAACUGAAUAUGCUCUAUAAAGGCGCCUUGCAGGGCCAGAACACCCACCGUGAUCCCGGUCAUCAUGCUGCUUCGGUGGUACAUUGACACUCGGUCGUUGACGUCGGAGACGUCGUUGUUGCCUCUGCUGGAGACUCUCCAACCGACGGAUCAGGAGAAAGUGAAGAAAUACUAUCACCUGGCAGACCGGCACAUGUCACUCGCAUCGAAUCUGCUUAAAUACCUCUUCAUCCACAGGGCGUGCCGGAUACCAUGGCAUGCGGUCAGCAUCAGUCAGACCCCGGCACCACACCACCGCCCGUGUUUCAUCCCACCGGCGGAUGGGAAGAGUCUUCCCAGCAUUGAAUUCAACGUCAGCCAUCAGGCGUCCAUGGUUGCCCUCGCGGGGACCAUUAUCUCGCCAUCUCCUGACAAAGAAACUCUCCAAUCGACACCACAGGUUGGGAUUGACAUCACCUGUGUGGACGAGCCUUCUCGACGCGGCCGACGAGAUCAAAUCACCACGUCGAAAGGACUGGAAGAGUUUGUGGAUAUCUUCUCCGAGGUGUUUUCCCCGCUCGAGCUCGGAACGAUCAAGAAGACCCCGGCGCAUGCCAAUCCCGCCAACAACCUACAAGACACGAUCGACGCCCAGAUCCGCCUGUUCUACACCUACUGGGCGCUGAAAGAAGCCUACAUCAAGAUGACGGGCGAAGCGCUGCUCGCACCCUGGCUCCGCGAAUUGGAGUUCACCGACGUGGUGGCUCCAGACCCGGUCGACAGCUUGACGGGAGAGGACGGCGACGACGAGAGCUUAUCCUGGGGGCGCGCCUAUACGGGGGUUCAGACCUGGCUACACAAGGAAAAAGUGACGGAUGUCCGGGUGGAAGUGGUGGCGUUCGAGCAGGAUUACCUUGUCGCCACUGCUGCUAGGGGCGGAACCAUCGGGGCCUUGCCAUCAUCUGAUAAUCACCCCGAGACGUGGGGAAGGCUUCGACGGAUCGAUAUUGAGCGAGAUGUCGCUCCUUGUGCGACGGGGACAUGCAACUGUUUACGGACCACUUGACUUGGGUUGGUUGACUGAAGAAAAUGGUAAUAUUAUUCUAGGCUUCAUAAUAACCAUAGUCCUCUGAGAACAGGGUAUAAACCCCCUAUGUACAGUAUAUGAUCAUUGCAUCAGCUCGUCUAUUCUAUCAUCCACUCGUCACGACCCAAAAUAGCUGGGGGAGAAGAAAAACAAAGGGGGGUGGGAGAGAGA